AUGUUGGCGCUCGUGGUGGGAAUUCUCAUCGGUGUCUUUGCGAUAUUAGCGGUCGAAGCGGUCGCGCUCCUCGCGGUCCUUGUCCGGCUGGUCAGGAAGAAGAAAGGUGCGCCUAGAGUACCGGGAGCGUCGGGGGAUGAUGAUCUCGACGGGGAGACGUUGCUUGGAUGCGACUACCGCAAGAAGGUGCCGGUUCGGAUGCAUUUGCUUUCUUGAAUAAUUAUUCCCUAUUCCUUAAGAAACGGUAUAUUUUUCUGGUUCAUCCGCUUCAUGUCGGAGCGGCCUGCUCUCGCUGCAUAAAUCUUAAAGAGCAGAAAAGGCAAUCCUCAAUCCAUCAGAGCUCCUUCCACCUUAGGAAACUGAAAAUCUAUUCUCUGGUUACCUCUUAAGGUGGCCAGAGUGAUUAUGAUUGUUGUUGCCGCGCGUGCACCUUCGUGAUUGAGAAGAUUGGUUAUCGAUUGAUAAUGAUUCAGAUGUCUGAUAUCAUCGCUUGGAUAAUUUAGCGUCUCUGGGCUAGGAAAUAAUACUAAAAAAACCAGGUCGAUUUAAAUCCGUUUAACCUCAAAUAUUUCCGUCGCUUUCUUUUGAUCAAGGAACCUUUCCCAAAUCCUUUGAUCAUGUCGGCUUUUGAACUUGGCUUUGUCGGUUUUUCUAUGAAAUUCGCUGGAUUGUCUUUAGCCUCAUUACAGAACUCGAUAUGUUGCUUCUCUCAAGUUCUCGGACAUUGUUAUUUGGAUGGGAUAUAGAAGAGUGGCGAGUUUCGUAGGAGGCAUUCAGGGCGCCUCUUGAUUAACUUGCUUGAUUAUUACCCAUCAUCCUGUCGACGAAUUGUGGAGCUAUGUGAUUGGACAGGCUUGGUCAUAGUUAAUAGCUGUCUGGCUAUCGGUCAUAGCACUUGCAAACGGAAGGAACUGUGGUUCCCUUCUUUUUUUCCUAGUUUAUGUUGUCAUUGCAAGCAUAUCUAUUUGUCUCUGAACCUUUGAAGAUAUUUCUCUUUGAAUGAACUCAUGCUUAUACUAUUUUGCCAAUUAUUUCUUAAGAGUUCAUGAUCCGGGGCUUGGAACCCUUUUAUUUCCUUAGAUUUAUAGUGUACCUAUCACAUUGUUAUUAAUGCGUUGCUUUUUUAUUUAGGGAAUAGUCUGGGUUCUUGAACCUGAAAGGAUCCCAAGAAUUACUGAUGAAUCAUCUUUGAAAGUGCUGAAGGAGCAAAAAGCUAAAAAGAGAAUAGUGGAGGUCUCUCCGUCCAGGAAAUAUGCAAAAAUUUUCGACCAUUCUCUUUCUUUGAUGGAUGUUGAUGGCUGUCAAGAAGAAGCAACUGUACAACUUACAGACUGCAUGAUUUUAGCAGUUUCUGGUUCGGAUCUGCCGUCCAAAAAAUGGUAAUCACCCCAUAAAAACAUAUUUAGUCGAUAAUAGAAUAUGAUUAGCCGUACACUGAUGAUAUGAUUUAAAAGAAAUAUAUUUCAGAUUCUUAUUUUAAACAAUUUUGACUGAGCACUGCCUCCUUUGUUGUUCCGGCUCUGUGAUCUGUCGUCAAUUUAGAACACUGGUCUUACGAUGCCACUUCCAGACUGAAAGUUAUUUAAGGAUUUUUGUUCUGGACAUUUGAAUGAAAACUCAACUCAUCAUAUUUUUGUUUUUGUAUUGAUAUGGUACCGAUGAACAUGCAUGAUUUGUGUAAAAUAGAAUGUUAGUGAAAAAUCUAUCCGUUUAAUUCUAACCAUGAACUGUGUAUAUUUAGGGCAAAAAGAUAUCCUAUUAAAGUAGAAGGCAAGAGAUCCGCCAUCUACAAUGGAAGUCAAACUUUUUAUCUGUACCUUGAAACAUCAUGGGAGAAGGAGGCCUGGUGCAAAGCUCUUCGCCAAGCUUCCUGCCCAGAUACAGAGAAACGUUAUGCCAAGCUGAGGAAAGAUUUCUCCAAUUAUGUUCUGCCCUUACAAGCUGCUGAAAAUCAAUUGUUUAUUAAAGCUUCUGAACUCUUUGGUGAGGUGACAGAAAAAACAAGUAGGGCUGGGGCUGAUUCAUCUUCAAAAGUUCGUCAAUUUCUUAAAAAAAUAGCAAAGAAAGCAUCCAAGAGUGUUGCAGAAAAUAAAGCGAGCAUGGUUUCAUUCUCUAACGGCGCGAGUAGAGUUGGUGAAAAAUCGUUUCUAAUCGGGGACGUAUCACUGCCCCUUAGUACAACUGAAGCCGCUUCAUUGGAAAAGAAUUCAAGCAGCUCAUCAGAAAAUUCAUCUCAAGUCAUUUCACCCGCACUUAGCCAUUUGGGUAGCCAAAUUCCAAGUUCUGCUUCUUCUGAUCUAGCUUGCAGUGGUAGGUACGGUCUCGAUGAUGGCAGAGGUUGUUGGAACUUGUUGUUUUCAAGACUAUUUUUUGAUGCUAAAAGAAGUGUGUCAGUAAACAGCUUCAUUAAAGGACGAAUUCAGGUUAUCCACUACUCAGUUGCUUUUUCUUUUAUUUUUUACCCAUGUACAUGCGUUGAGCUUUGUAAACUAUUUUUUUUCAUGAACAGAGGUCAUUAUCAAAUAUGAGGACUCCAAGUUAUAUUGGUGGAAUUACUUGUACUAGCCUUAAUCUCGGGAAUCUUCCACCAUAUAUUUGUAGCAUGAGAGUUCUUCCUGUGGACGAGGAUCAAGUGUGGGCUUUUGAAGCAAACAUUGAGUACACUGGUGGAAUAGCAUUGGAAAUUGAAACACGACUUGAAGUUCGUGAACCUGACUUCCAAAAAGGCCUUCUGGAUUCUAACAUGGAACGAAAUACUGCUGCCGAGGUCACCUCAGCUCUUCUUGGAGGUCUUGAAUGUCAUAGCGAGAUGCUGUACCUUGCGAGUGAUUCAACUGAAAAAAUGGAGAACAAAACAGAAAAGGAUAAACCAGGUGAGUGCAGAAAAGAGUCUGUUUAUCUGUUAGACUCGUUCGUAGGUUUGGGAUUUAUAUUCUCUGAGCCAACACUAGGAUUUUUAUCCCAUUUUUCUGAUCAAAGGAAUUGUUAUUUCCUAUCUUUAGUAAUACCAUUGCUGUUGCAUAUAAGGAGCUUAGUCCCUAGAUUUGCAUGUUGAUAUCGAAGUUCAAUCUUCGAAUAGGUCAGAAAACCUUGGAACUAUAUCCGUCAUAUUUUGUUUUGUUAGUGUCCAAAAGUGUUCUCUAGGUUCAUUGAAUGCGGAGCAAUAUCAAAACUGUUCUCUGAUUCACGAUUGGCAUGUUCAUCAAGUUGAAUUAAAUAGCUCUUUGGUUUGAAUUUAGAACUCUUUUCAGUUUAAUAGAUUGAUAGAUAGACACCUCAUGAUAUCCACUUAGGAAGGUCCUGCUCGAUCGUCACACAGGUUUUAGAGUGGUAUUUGAAUUACAAUACCAUCAGUAUGGUUGUCUUUCAGACAACGUCUUGUGAAAUCGUGGUGACGACGAGAGAUUUCCUUGUCUAUCAGUGGUCAUGCAAAUAGUGUAUGAUAUCAGCUAGUGUUUAAUGGUUGAAACGAUCCUUUUCGAUGCUUAAAAAAGGUGAUUGAUAAUGUGUAUGCGUCAUUACAACAUGACCUAAUCAGAGAAUGCUAUUCAAAUUUUUACCUGAAAGAUCUAUUGCAGGAGAUGGGACUUGGUGGAAAACAAAUUAUGGCCUCUAACCAAUGUUUUUCAGUAGAAUUUUUGAUUUUUUGACCAAAAAAUUGAUGAUUUUCUAGGAUCCUGGUGCGCUGAGAAACUGUCAGAUCUAAGUUUUGUUGGUUCGCUUGCACAACUCCUUUCUCAUUUCCCAAUUGUCCUGUGACACUGUUGGGCUCUUCAACUAUGCUUUCUAAACCUCGAUGGCUUUUUAAUACUAGACUUUGUCUUCUCAACUUCCACUAAGAAUUGAUUUUUCUAAGCCACCUUUCCUAAAAUAACGAACUAUGAAAGAUAACUUUGUGGUUCAUAUUCCGAUCCCAUACACCUAGUCUGGAUGCCCUAGGCGGGACCUCUGGCUCCACUGUUUACAUAUGUUCCAACAUCAUUGAGGAGAACUCACAGUUGCUCUAACGUGACCCUGAAGUUCUUUGUCUUGUUCUUGGUCCACAUGGACAACUUCUUUGAAGACUCCGUUGGGCUUGUUCGUCGUUUUUUUUUUUUUUUUUUUUGCAAAUCAACUUCUUUUUCUUGGGAAACUCCCAUUCUCUCUACUUCAAGGCUCAUGUCCUUUUGUUCGCAUUCAAGUGCAGCAACUUUCACUUAUCAAUAUGAAAUAAUGUGCUGAAAAACAUUAUUUGAGGUUUUUUAUGCUUCAAAUUAAUAUACAGAUCAUGUAAGAGAUUAGCUGCGAAGGGAACCUGGGAAAGGACUUUAAAAGAGGGAGAUAUCUGAGUAUUUGAAGUCUCAUAUACAUUUCAGGCGUCUGAGAAUAAUUCCAUCAGGCAUUUUUCACGCCCAAAAAUGCAUGCCAAUAGAAUAUUAUUCGGAAAUGCAUGCCAAUAGGAUAUUAUUCGGUGAAUCGAUGUCACAUCACGUAUGAUUCUGGCAUGGCUUUUGUUAUUUACUCAUCAAUGUUUUAAAAUCUUCCAUACUUUAGAUAUCAUGAUGAUUAUAUUAUAGCUGGAUGACAGUUAAUGGUCUUGACUUUGUUUACCUUGUUUCAGAUGGUUUAGGACAAUCGAAGAGCACCAGCUGGGCAUCACGGUAUAAAUCCAUCGUCAACUCCAUUGCCGAACAUGUUUCCCAGGUGAGUGAUGCCACUUCCUCGUAAGCAGAAAUCUAUUUCAGGCGAAUAUACUGUGUAUUAUGAGAAAUUAAUCAAGGUUGGGGGGGGAUUGAGUAUAUCCAAAGAUUCUUUCUCGGAUCUGCCUGGUUGCCCACCUAAAGUUACUGUCUUGGUGUUCUUCAGGCAUGGGAAUGAGAGGUGGAAUCUUCUCUUAUAUAUGGAUGAUCGAAUCUUGAUGUAUAUCUUCAAAACCGUGUUUCAUCUGCUUCUAGGUACCCAUUUCUCUGUCCCUGAGGAUUUCAUCGCUCCGCGGAACGCUGAGGGUCCACAUAAAGUCGCCCCCCUCGGAUCAGCUAUGGUUCGGCUUCACGUCGAUGCCGGAGAUCGAGUGGAACCUGGAUUCUUCCGUGGGGGACUGCAAAGUGAGCAAUGGGCACGUCACCUCGCUCCUCAGCAGCCGCUUCAAGGUCGGUGCAGAUUGAUAGAUUCUCUCUUUGCUUGAUUACUAAGUUACUUGAUUGAUUGGUAUCUAUUUAUUUAUUUUCAGACAGCCAUCCAGGAGACUUUGGUACUCCCCAACUGUGAAAGCGUGAGUAUUCCGUGGAUGCUAGCGGAGAAGGACGAUUGGGUCCCUCGGAGCGUCGCCCCCUUCAUCUGGGUCGCCCGGCGGGAUGCCGGCGAGUCGCCGGCGGACGAGGUGGCGCCGCCCACCUCCCACUCCGGUGAAUCGGUCAGGAUCAAGAAAGGCUCGUCCGGGGACACAAAGAGUAUCAUAUCUCUGGACGACAAUCUCCAGGAGGCCGCCACCGCCGCCGGUCCCCCCGGCACCAAAGAUUCCGGCGAGAUGGAGGGAGGCGGCGCCGCCGAUCCCCUGCCGGAAUCUUUAGGCAGGCCAUCACCAGGCUAUGAGGACCCCUCUCUCGGCGGAGGGCAGCGCAGCAGCCGCAGAGAGUCGACGGCGGAGCGAAGUACGUGCUCUCCUGACGAUGGGCGGCCUAGGACGGGGAGGAAGACGAGGAUGAUGGACCUGGGGAGGAAGGUGACCGAGAAGCUGGAGGAGAAGAGGCGUCACAUCGAAGAGAAGAGCCGCCACAUGGUCGAGAAGAUGCUGGAAAAUGUUGAGAAAAGGGUCUAA